AUGCAAUUUAGUGAUGGACCAAGUCUGUACUUGUUAAUUAAUAAAUCAUUAGGUGCUGAGAAUCCUGAAGAAUUGAAACCAUGGUUCUCAUAUCUUAAAUUAUUUCUCACUGCUUUGCAUAAAUUACUUUCACGAAGUGGAAAAGUAUGGCUUGGUGUUCGAGGUGUUGAUUUACGUUCAAAAUACAACAACGGCAUAAAAUUUUAUUGGUGGGGAGAAAGUUUGCGUACUGUUGACAUUGAAGUACUUGAAUCAGAUUAA